AGUUUUAAAAGUUGUAGGUAGUGUAUGGCGCUUAUCUCAACUCUUGCGUUACUAUGUCAAAUGUAGAUUUGAAACCAAAGUAUGAACCAGGCGAAAAACUUCUUUGCUUCCAUGGACCUCUUAUGUAUGAAGCCAAGUGUCUGGAUGUCAAAGUGAAAGAAGAUGGAGUGAUGUAUUUUGUACACUAUCAAGGUUGGAAUAAGAAUUGGGAUGAGUGGGUAACUGACAAGCGUAUGUUCAAGUAUAAUGAAGAGGGUUUAAAGAAACAGAAGGAGUUGGAACGGCAAAUAAGGUCUGGAAAAGUCAAAGUCUUAAGAAAAUCUGACUUAAAGUCACAAUCUUUACCACCUCCGGAAGUUUUAAAGGAUGUGGAGCGGACACUGAAGCCUGGUCAUUUAAAACAAGGUUGUACUUUCUGGGUUACUUCACUUACUGUUCUUAUAGAAGAGGAGAGUCCUAAGGCGAAGCAGUCUAAAAGUAACAGUGAAGCAGAUCAAAAACCAAGCACACCUGUGACGACAGAAGUAAAGGAGAGUGAAGAUGUUAAGGCACCCUCAAAGCCUCCUGAAGAAUCUAGCGGUGUAUUCAACAUUACUACUGUAUCAAGCAGAAGAAGAAAAAGUCGGGCGACAUCAGGAAUAAAAUCUAUCGAGAAUGAUGACAGUUUACUUUCAAAGCCACAACUAAUGGUAUCUAUACCUCCAUCUUUAAAGGCAUGGCUCGUGGAUGACUGGGACUUGAUUACUCGUCAAGCUCGUCUUUACGAGCUUCCUGCUUCCCAACCAAUAUCCACUCUUUUGUCUGACUUCUUAGAAAGUGCUGAAAUCGAGGUGAAAUCUGAACCCACUUCUGAACCUCAAAAUUCUCAACAUAAUAUAAAUCCUGCAAUAAGACCUGAUUUAAGACGUGAAUUUCUCGCUGGCAUUCAGCAUUACUUUAAUUUGAUUAUCGGUUCUCAUCUCCUAUAUAAAUUUGAACGGUUGCAAUAUGCUGAACUUUUAAAACGUCACACAGAUAAAAGAAUGUCAGAUAUUUAUGGUUCAAUUCACUUAUUAAGGCUCUUUGUUAAGCUCCGGGACAUGGUUUCUUGUACCAAAGUCGAUGUAAAUAGUCUGCCUGUUCUAGAAGCAUUGGUCAACGAAUUCUUGCAAAAAGAAGCUUUGUGAAAACUAUUAACUGUUAUUAGAAGAAACUACACCUCAAAGUAUGUGCGUAUUGAUACAGUUUAUGUAAAACUAGACAAUUGGUGUAUAUAAAGUUGGAACAUACGAUGCUUCUGUUUCCUAACUUCCAUAACACCUUAUAUUUCGGCUAAAAUGUAAUAACAGAAAUGAGGAAGUAAAAUAUUGUUAAUAAUUAAGUGGAGUCAGUUUCAAAAAGCCAUAAGGUAGUCAUCUGAUUUGGAACAAUAAUUCCGUUCUUUAUUCAGUGGUUUCCAGUCUAAAACUAAAUUACUCAAUAUGAAAUAUGGAUUUCCCUUACUGUCAUAUAACUUCACCUUAAAGAAAUAUACACAUUGUAUGCGAGUCAUGAAUACGUUUUGCUUGCAGAAGCUCAUCUUUUUCAGAACCCUUACGCACAAGUCAUUCAAAAUGGACAUUUUUAUUGACGGAGCGUCUUAAAAGAAUAGUUCAAUCUACUCCGAAUUAUUCUCUGAAAAAGUGACUUACACUAAACCACGAAACGUCAGAA